AUGGCGCCGCUUCCCAUCAAGUUCACCGAGCUGUUGAUGCUCAACAAUGUCGGUGUCGAUGCCUCUGCCAUCGGAUUCAACUCCUGCACAUUAGAAUCAGACUCCUGGAUCUGCAUACGAGAAAAGAAAAGCGAGACUGCUUCACCCGAGGUUGUCAUCGUCGAUUUGAAGAAUGGCAACAAUGUCACCCGACGCCCCAUUAAGGCCGACAGCGCUAUUAUGCACUGGACGAAGCAGAUUAUUGCUCUGCGCGCCCAAUCGAGAACCCUGCAGAUUUUCGACCUCGAGCAGAAGCAGAAGCUCAAGUCUGCGACGAUGAAUGAAGAUGUGGUUUUCUGGAAGUGGAUUAGCGAGUCAACUCUAGGCCUUGUCACGGAUACUGCCGUCUUCCACUGGGAUAUCUACGAUGCAUCCCAGGCAGCUCCUGUCGAAGUUUUCAAGCGCAAUGCCAACCUCAAUGGCAGCCAAAUCAUUAAUUACCGGAUUAACAGUGAUGGCAAGUGGAUGGCGGUUGUUGGCAUUUCGCAGCAAAAUAACCGUGUCGUUGGCAGCUUGCAACUUUACUCCAAGGAUCGGGGCAUCAGCCAAGCUAUCGAAGGUCAUGCUGCUACUUUCGGCACAUUGCGACUCGAGGGCGCGCCAGCCGAUACCAAGGUCUUCUCCUUCGCUGUCCGGACCGCUACAGGUGCCAAGCUCCAUAUCGUCGAAAUCGAUCACCCGGAAACGAAUCCCGUCUUUCAGAAGAAGGCAGUGGAUAUCUACUUUCCGCCAGAAGCCACGAACGACUUCCCUGUUGCCAUGCAGGUCUCCCAAAAGUACGGGGUCAUCUACAUGGUAACCAAGUAUGGUUUUAUCCAUCUCUACGAUCUCGAGACAGGUUCGACUAUCUUCAUGAACCGCAUUUCAAGCGAGACAAUCUUCACCACCUGCGCCGACACGGAUUCCACGGGUAUUGUCGGCAUCAAUAGGAAGGGACAGGUGCUGUUCGUCUCAGUUGACGACACUACUAUGGUUCAAUAUCUGCUGCAGAACCCUGCCAAUACUGAGAUCGCCAUUAAAAUGGCAUCAAGGGCUGGUCUUCCUGGUGCUGAUCAAUUAUACGGCCAGCAGUUUGAGGCUUUGUUCAGCCGUGGUGAUUACGCAGGAGCUGCCAAGGUUGCUGCCAACUCCCCACGCGGCUUCCUUCGCACCACCGAGACCAUCAACAAGUUCAAGAACCUCCCAACGGAGCCUGGCAAGAUGACCUAUAUCCUACAGUACUUCGGCAUGUUGCUUGACAAGACCACCCCUCUGAACGAGACCGAGACUCUGGAGCUAGCUGUACCUGUGCUGUCACAAGGUCGUAAACACUUAAUCGAGAAAUGGUUGAAGGAAGGCAAACUCGAUUUUUCGGAGAAGCUAGGAGACCAAAUCCGGAUACAUGAUAUCAACUUGGCUCUCACGGUCUACUACAAGGCCAACUGUCCUCACAAGGUUGUCGCAGCUCUUGCUGAGACGGGUCAGUUCGAGAAAAUCCUUCCUUACGUCAACCAGACUGGUUAUCAGCCAGACUGGAUCAGUCUGCUCCAACACAUCGUUCGCGUCAACCCCGAGAAAGGUGCCGAGUUUGCGAGCGCCUUGGCCAACAAUGAGGGUGGCUCCCUGGUUGACAUUGAACGCGUUGUCGACGUGUUCCAGUCCCAGGGCAUGGUUCAGCAGGCGACCGCUUUCUUGCUCGAUGCCCUGAAGGAUAACCGUCCGGAGCAGGGUCAUUUGCAAACUCGCCUCCUAGAGAUGAAUCUGAUGAAUGCGCCUCAAGUCGCUGAGGCCAUUCUGAGCAACCAGAUGUUCACGCAGUUCGACAAGGCUCGAAUCGCCACAAUGUGCGAGCAAGCUGGGCUGUACCAGAAGGCUUUGGAGCUCUACGAGGACCCUGCCGCGGUGAAGCGCGUGGUUGUCGGCAUUGCUGGGGCACCAAACUUUAGCAUGGACUGGCUGGUCAACUUCUUCGGCCAGUUGUCCGUCGAGCAGUCCCUUGACUGUUUGGAUGCCAUGAUGAAGGUCAACAUCCGUCAAAAUCUCCAGUCUGUUGUCCAGGUUGCCACGAAGUACUCUGACCUGCUGGGUCCCACGCGCCUGAUCGAUCUAUUCGAGAAGUAUAAAACUUUCGAGGGUCUCUACUUUUAUCUUGGCAGCGUUGUCAACAUGUCCGAAGAUGCCGAUGUCCACUUCAAGUACAUUGAGGCUGCCACCAGAAUUGGUCAAUUUGCCGAGGUUGAGAGGAUAUGCCGAGACAGCAACCACUACAACCCAGAAAAGGUCAAGAACUUCUUGAAGGAGGCCCGACUUGCCGAACAGCUGCCUCUGAUCAUCGUCUGCGAUCGAUUUGACUUUGUCCAUGAUUUGGUUCUAUACUUGUACCAGAACCAGCAAUUCCAGUCUAUCGAAACCUACGUACAGCGUGUCAAUCCCAGCAGAACCCCCCAAGUCAUCGGUGGUUUGCUGGACGUUGAUUGCGAUGAGAACAUUAUCAGGAAGCUUUUGAGCACUGUCAACCCUGGUUCCAUCCCCAUCGACACUUUGGUUUCCGAGGUUGAGACCCGAAACAGGCUCAAGCUUCUGCUUCCUUUCUUGGAGGCCACCCUUGCUGCAGGCAACCAGCAGCAAGCUGUCUACAACGCCCUCGCCAAGAUCUACAUUGACUCCAACAAUAACCCCGAAAAGUUUUUGAAAGAGAAUGAUCAAUACGAUACUAUCAGUGUGGGCAAGUACUGCGAGAAGCGAGACCCGAACUUGGCGUACAUUGCCUAUCAGAAGGGACAGAAUGACUUGGAGCUGGUUAACAUUACCAACGAGAAUUCCAUGUAUCGUGCCCAGGCUCGGUACCUGCUGGACCGUGCUGAGCGGGAGCUAUGGCUGUUUGUCCUCAGCGAGAACAACAUCCACCGCCGUUCAGUCAUCGACCAGGUGGUUGCCACGGCUGUUCCCGAGUGCACCGAUCCGGCUAAGGUCUCCGAGGCUGUGGCCUCCUUCCUGCAAGCUGAUCUGCCUUCCGAAUUGAUCGAGCUUCUGGAGAAGAUCAUGUUGGAACCUUCGCCGUUCAACGAUAACCCCAGUCUUCAGAACCUUCUCAUCUUGACCGCGGCUAGAGCCGACAAGAGCAAGGUGGCAGAUUACAUUCAACGCCUGGAUGCCUAUGAUCCGGAUGAGUGCGCUCAGCUUUGCAUUAAUGUCGGCUUGUACGAAGAGGCUUUCGAGAUCUACAAGAAGGCUGGCAACCAGACCGCGGCAGUUGCAGUUCUCGUUGAGCAUGUUGUUAGUAUCGACCGCGCCAGUGCUUUUGCCGACGACGUCGAUUCGCCCGAGGUCUGGAGCAAGGUCGCAAAAGCACAACUUGAUGGUCUCCGAGUCACGGACGCGAUUGAGUCAUACAUUAAGGCUGGUGAUGCUCGCAAUUACGAGGAAGUCAUUGAGGUUGCGACUCAUGCCGGCAAAGAUGAGGAUCUUGUCAAAUUCCUUCGCAUGGCCCGAAAGUCGCUGAGAGAGCCAGCCAUUGAUACCGCUCUCGCUUUUUGCUUCGCCCGGCUUGAUCAGUUAGGCGAGCUGGAGGACUUCCUGCGUGGUACCAAUGUUACCAACAUCGAGGAAUCUGGUGACAAGGCAGCGAACGAAGGUUUCUACCAGGCUUCCAAAAUCUUUUACACGAGCAUCUCGAACUGGGCAAAGCUGGCCACCACUCUCGUCCACCUUGACGACUACCAAGCCGCCGUUGAGUGUGCACGCAAGGCUAACAACAUCAAGGUAUGGAGGGAAGUGCAUGGAGCCUGCGUCAGCAAGAAGGAGUUCAGACUUGCCAAGAUUUGUGGUCUUAACCUAAUUGUCGAUGCGGAGCAACUGCAGACUCUUGUCAAACAAUAUGAAAUGGAGGGUUUCUUCGAUGAGCUCAUCGAUCUGCUCGAGCAAGGUCUCGGUCUCGAACGUGCUCACAUGGGCAUGUUCACGGAGCUUGGCAUUGCCCUGUCCAAGUAUCACCCCGACCGACUUAUGGAACACAUCAAGCUCUUCUGGAGCAGAAUGAACCUGCCUAAGCUCAUCCGUGCCUGCGAGGAGGCAAACUUGUGGCCUGAGCUUGUGUUCUGCUACUACCACUACGACGAAUUCGACAAUGCUGCCCUUGCCGUAAUGGAGCGCGCGGAGAACUCAUGGGAGCAUCAACAGUUCAAGGAUAUCGUCAUCAAGGUUGCCAAUCUGGAGAUCUAUUACCGUGCCAUCAACUUCUACAUGGAACAGCAUCCCUCCCUUCUCACCGAUCUGUUGCAGGCUCUUACGCCACGCAUUGAUGUCAACAGAGUCGUCAAGAUGUUCCAGAAGUCUGACAACCUGCCUUUGAUCAAGCCCUUCCUGCUCAACGUCCAGCCCCAGAACAAGCGGACUGUCAAUGAUGCGAUCAACGACCUUUUGAUCGAGGAGGAAGACUACAAGACUCUCAGGGAUUCUGUCGAGAAUUAUGACAACUACGAUGCGACAGACCUCGCCAGCCGUCUGGAGAAGCACGACCUAGUCUUCUUCCGCCAGAUUGCUGCUAACAUCUACCGCAAGGCGAAGCGCUGGGAGAAGUCGAUUGCCCUGUCCAAGCAGGAUAAGCUGUUCAAAGAUGCUAUCGAGACCGCGGCUAUCUCGGGCAAGUCUGAGGUUGUCGAGGAGCUCCUCCGAUACUUUGUUGACAUUGGCAGCAAGGAGUGUUACGUCGGCAUGCUGUAUGCUUGCUACGAUCUCAUCCGACCUGACAUUGUGUUGGAGCUCUCGUGGCGACACGGCCUUACCGACUUCGCAAUGCCUUACAUGAUCAACAUGCUUUGCCAGCAAACGAAGGAGCUUGCGACUCUCAAGGCAGACAAUGAAGCUCGCAAGGCAAAAGACAAUGCCCAGGAGAAGGAUGAUAACGAGACUCCGAUCUUGGGUGGCAAUCGCCUCAUGAUCACGGCCGGUCCAGCUGGUGGUGCGGGUAGAGCCUCGCCUGCGCCAUUCGGGCAGACCAACGGCUUCGCGCCUCAGCCUACCGGCUAUGGCUUUUAG